AUUCUCAUAUUUUAGAUAUUUUGAAGCAAGCUAAAAGGAAUUGAAUAGGUACGUGAAGAUGUACAGGUGUGAAAAUCUAUAGGUAAGGCAAUACACCAUGUCUCAAGAUUCAAAUGCGUUUGAGAUAAUCCAACCGGAGGGGCCUAAGUGGGAUGAUGGAUGUGACCAUGAUGAUGUGACAAAGAUAUAUUUGAUAGGUGGUAAAGACGGCAUACAGUUCAUCAAGAUUGACUAUAUUAAGUCUGGAGAACCGAAAAAUGGAUCAUUCCAUGGAUAUACGGGUGGAGGUUUCAAGCAGAUGUUUGAGAUUGACAAUCUAAAAAAUGAAUAUCUUGAAUCCGUUGAGGGUUACUACUCCAGCAUGAGUGGCGGGUUCAUUACAGCAAUUCAAUUCAAAACCAACUUGAGGGUUUCUGAGCUCAUGGGAUAUAAUAAUGGACCUGGUGGCAGAAAACUUAAACUGGCAAACCAUGGAAAGAAAAUCAUUGGGUUUCAGGGAUUUAGUAAGUAUAACCUUGACGAUCUUGACGCACAUUUUACUCCGAUCACUCCUACAAGAAUGGAAGCGCAAGGGGGCAAGGGAGGGGUAGAGUGGGAUGAUGGAGCUGACCAUGAUAGUGUAACAAAGAUUCAAGUACGUAUUAAUAAGGAAGGCAUACAAUACAUCAAAUUCAAUUAUGUCGACAAGGAUGGACAUCCGGAGAAGGAGCAAGUCCAUGGUUCAGAUACGGGUAGAGGGAACACGCUACAACCGUUUGAGAUUAACCAUAUCGACAAGGAAUAUCUGCUAUCUAUCGAUGGUUACUACAAUGAAGAUUCAGGUGUAAUUCAGACACUUCAAUUCAAAACCAACAUAAAGACUUCAGAAGUAAUGGGAAACGAUGAAGAGGGUACUAAGUUCACACUUGGAUGCAACGGCCAUGAGAUCAUUGGGUUUCAUGGAUAUGCUCAAGAUAACCUAAACUCUCUUGGGGUUUAUAUCACAACCCUUCCUCUAACUAAAUUAGAAUACAAAGGUAAAGGAGGUGAGAUUUGGGAUGAUGGUACUUUCCAAGGUGUAAAAAAGGUGUCCCUUUAUUCUUGUGAUGAUAGUAUAAGGUGUAUCGAGUUCGAAUACAUUAACGACGGCAAAAUGGAAACCCGUGUGCACGGGACGAAGAUUGAAAUGGAUUUUACCAAAGACGAGUUUAAAGUAGACUAUCCAAAUGAGUUUCUCACGUCUGUGGAGGGGACUUAUAAUAUAGACGACUCUCACGACACUAAGAUAACGUCGUUGACUUUCAAAACAUCAAAUAAAAAGAGAACCUCUCUACGACUGGGAAAGGCAUCUGAUAGCAGUUUCUUGCUCGAGAGCAAAGGUUGUGCUCUUGUUGGGUUCCAUGGAUCAUCUUCGUAUAAUUAUCUUUAUGCUCUCGGAGCAUAUUCUUUUCCGAUGACUCCUCUUGCUGAAGCGGGGAAGCUAUACACACAAGCUGGUGAUAGAGGAGCUUCCCAAGACAAUGGUGGUUUCGGCGGUGUUUGAUCAUCUUCAUGUUUGAGUCCGAACGAAACUUCCUCCACCAAGCUUUAUCAUCAUCCUGUAUCUUUAAUGUAUCUUCAUCCUGUAUUAUACUUACGUAUGUUCUCUUAUGUUGUUUGGAGCAUCGAUCUCAAUAUCAUAUAAUAAGACAAUUGUUUUUUC